AUGAAUGGUGAAUCAAAUACUCAAGAAUAUUGUCGACAUAGAGAUGCUCAAUAUGCAUCAAUAAAAACAACUGUUUUCUCUGAUCAACAUUUACAAAUUCCUUGUUAUUUACAAAUAACAAAACGAAAUGAGAAUGAAUAUUCAAGAUAUAGAAAUUCUAAUUCUUCAAGAGAAAAGUCACUAAAUCGAACUGAAACACGUUUAAAACCUCAUUACAAAUGUCGAUCAUUAGUUUAUGAUAGUGAAGCUAAACGUUUUUAUGUUCCUGAUGAUAAAGUGUCUUGGAAUGUUGAUUUUAUGGAUUAUAAACCUGUUGAAUAUACAACUACUAAGAUUCAACAUAAUCCAAAAGCUGAUUCAUCCGAUCCAUCGAAAAUUACUAAAUUCAAUCAACUUGAUAAUAAAAUUGAUCGACGAAGUUUUACUGGUUUUUAUUAUAUUGAUCCAAUAACUCAACGACCAAGAAAUCCAAUAGGACGAACAGGAAGUAAGAAAAUAUAUCUUUUACUCAAUGAAAAUUUGUAA